CGCUUCCGAGGCAGCGACGGCCGGGAGGGCUCGGUGGCAGCUUGUCGGCGCCGAGGCCCUUGCAUGUUCUCUCCCUGGAUAAAACCAAAGAAAGAACGAGAGGGGGGCAGACCGGGAGUGAAGCCAGGAGUUCCUGGCUGCCACAGCUUGAAGCUAGCUUUGAACUGCAUUAAAUUGUCAGCGUAGAUACUAGAGUGGAAAUUUGGAGAAGAAACAGGGCUUCUGUGGGAGCUGUCUGAGGACUCAACAUUUUUUCUCCAGCGAGAACUAUCUUGCUGGGAGAAUUUAGGCUUAAAGUGACUCAUCCUCAAAAGCAGCAACCUGUAACUUUUCCUAGCUUUAAACAAGACUAGGGAAACUUGCUGCACAUCCAUUCUCUCCAACUCCAAAAAGAUGUCAACAGUGUGGAAGGUAUUGGAUGGGACCAGCGCAGAAACGAUUUACUGAAAAAUCUUUGUAGUCGUAAAAAAAAUUCCUGGACAAGAAAGAGAGAAAAAAAGCACAAGGACUUGGUGUGAUCUACGUUUUGAGGACUGUCAAGACUACAGCAAUGGCUCAGGUAACAGGCCUCAGUUUCCCAUCCCUUCCCAACAGGAAUUCAUCCUUGCAAGAGGUGGCCAAGGCCCUGCAGUGAUAAUUGGCUUUUGUGGUGUAAACUGCUCAUUUUCCUACAUUAGGUGGCAUUCUUAAACAUAACAUUCUGGUUCCUCCCAGACCCGUUCCUUACAGCCAUGCUUGGAGAAUGGGGAAGGAGUGUAUGAAAGAAGUGUUUGGCAUCCUCCUUAGGACCAGCUUCAGUGAGGGUGGAACUGUCACUUUUCUUUUCUCUAAUCCUGAGUUUAAAUGGUUAUAUGCAUAAUUGGAGUAGGGAUUGAUUAGAAAGAUAAAGAAGAUCCUUAGUUAUGUGUCUGAUAUAAGUUGCUUGGUACCUGUAUUCCUUAUUAGUUUUGUCCAUUAUACUCAGCUUGAUGGAACAUGGGUGGUGCAGUGAAGGAUGCCGGAUAAAAUACAUUGUGGUCUGAAGCCAUGUCUGAUUCAUUCAUUUGUAAGACAGACAGGAUAUUUAUUUAUUUAUUUUAUUACAAUAUUUAUAUCCCGCACCUUCUCACCCAACAGGGACUCAGGGCGGCUUACAAUAAAAUACAUAUAUAAAAAUUAUACAGUGCAAUAUAAAUCAGUUAAAAAUUAUUAACUUACAUCAGUAUUCAUAAAACAUAUUAUAAAAUACAGGUAGGCGUGUUCAGUUCAAAAAACUGGGUCUGUCGAUUGAGUUCAGUGUACAUGAUAAUAAUUAACGCUGCCAAUUAUUAUUCAAAAGCCUGGCCCCAUAACCAAGUUUUAACCUUCCUACGAAAGGAUAGGAGGGAGGGAGCCUGCCUGACUUCAAUGGGGAGGGCGUUCCAUAGGCGGGGAGCCACUACUGAAAAGGCCCUGUCUCUCGUCCCCGCCAGCCGCACCUGUGAGGACAGGAGGUGUUAUCCUUAGCUAUCGUAUUGUGAUGCAGCAUUAGAAAUAGGAUCACUUCUUAAGGAAGCAGUCUGAACUAAACUCUUUUUUCAUCCAUAUAAAUAAAGAGUCAGGAUCAUUGAACCCUCCAAAUAUUGUUGGACUGCAACUUCCAGCAUUCUUUUCCAUUGGUUAGACUGGUAGCAACUGAUGGUCCAAUCAUACUUGAAGGGUUGUAUGAUUUCCAGUCAUAAAUGUAAAUGAAGAAAGUGGUCACCCAGAAGUUCUCAGUAUUUUUAGAGGAACAAGUGGAGAUAAACCCACUAAACAUCUGAAAAAAUUGUGAGAAUCUAAAUGUGGUGUAUUGGCAUGCAUGUUUUGCUGCAUCUUUAUGCCACCCUUCCUCUAAGGUGGGGUGGGCAACUGUCAGUGGUUAAAGGGACUAUUGGAGGCUGCUCUGGUUUGCAACCCUUCUUUGAAUGAGAAUAAAAUCUAAAAAUUGACAUUUUUUUGUUUGUUUGAAAACACCCUACAUUAUCCCCGGGAGCAUGAGGGGAAUUUUAGCAUGUUUUGAUUCUCCUCUGUUUUGAAGACCCCCUAAGCUGUUUAGAGCCCAGAAGAAUUGCUUUUCAAAAUAGGAAGUGACUGAACAUCUUUAAGUAAUGUUGAUGAAUUUGGGGGGGGGGGGGGGGGAAGGCUAGAGCCCCACAAAAUAGCUUUGGAGGGCCAUACUUUCUCCAUCCCCUGCUCUAAGAGCAUCAGUGUGACUCUUUGUGGGUUAACAAACCUAUAACAAAUUUGUGUGGGAAGAAGUGAUUUGACUGAAUUUCUCUGGUUGUAGUACAUUCUUCUGCGCAGUAGACAGCAGUGGCUUUAAAAAAACAUCAGGCUAACUAAUAUUGGAUUCAAUGUACUGAUUUCUGAGUGCACAUACUGGAUAGAACAAUAAGAAACAGAUCCUUCAAAUUUGUGCGAACAGGAUAAUCUCACAUAUUCAGCAGCUUUUCUUUGUGCUUCCUCCUCUUGUUUGUCUUUUGUGUCAUACUUCUGAUGUAGUCCUGUGGUGGUUCAGGUUGCUAUAGCUUUUUAAUAGUGGCUUUUUAAAAGUAUGAAGUUGUGGGGGAUCUCAUAUUUGUCGUAGCCUAAAGAUGAUACUUCCUUGUGCAUAUUCUUAAUGAGAGGAAAAAAACCCUGCAAAUUAGAAAUAGUUCUUAAGUUUUUUCCCCUAGGCUUUUGAGGAAGAAAAGUGCUCUCACUUGAUCUGCUUGUUUUUACUUAUUUUCCUAAGAAAAUUGGAAUGAUUUUAUCUCUACUUGCCCCACAGCUCUGACUUAGGAAUGCUUGCUAAGAUACAUUUUUUUAAAUAAAAUCAACGCCUGCACUCUGGAUCACAAAUGGAAAAAGCCUUCCAGACCUUCAGUCAUAUAUAUUCCUAUACUUGUUUGUAACAUAAAAGCCCUGUACCAGUAUUGUGGAUUUUGUAAAGCUCCUCAUAGCUUGUCACUGAUGAUAAGGAACAUUCAGCUUUUGGUGGCAACCCAAGGACAUUGAGAAGCCGAUCCAUUUGUUUAUUUAUAUUUUAGUUGCACAAUUAUGCAGAAGACUGUGUCUCUCAGAUCUCUUUUGAUGUGUGGUAACAUUUGAAAUCCAGCAAAAUCCAGCAAACUGUCCAUUAAAUGCACAAAUUUGCUUCUCUUUCAACAAGACUAUCAAGUUAAUUUCAUUGCAGUGUCCAAAGUGAAUACCUGCUCUGCAUCAGUUGCCAGUAGCUUUAAUGGAUAAGCUCUGAUAGUCACUAUCUACUCCCAAGAAGUGAUGAACAUGUCCAGUUCCUGCCCACAGCUUAGGAGUGCAUGGACACAUUAUCACAUGGGCUUAUUCACUUCGCUUAUUGUAUUUCGCUGCACUCCUCAGUUUGUAUCUGUUUCUCUGCAGGCAAGUCUUCUGGCCUGCGAGGGACUCUCCGGGGUUUGCCUUGUGCCAACUGUUGCCAGCAAGAAGAUGAUGCCGAAGCAGAGCUCUAAGCAGAGUCAUCGCAAGGAAAGUGAGAAGUCACGCAGCCGGAAGACGGAGGAGACCACCGAAGGAUCGCCACCUAAAAAGUCCCUUAAAAAGGUGGUGGUGAUUGAGCAGAAUGGAUCAUUCCAACUCCGGGAUCCCAAGAAUUUUAUUUGUGAGCAUUGCCUUGGAGCGUUCCGAAGCAGCUACCACCUCAAAAGGCACAUCCUCAUUCAUACUGGUGAAAAGCCAUUUGAGUGUGAUGUGUGUGACAUGCGCUUCAUCCAGAAGUACCACCUGGAGCGCCACAAACGUGUGCACAGUGGGGAGAAGCCAUACCAGUGUGAGCGUUGCCUGCAGAGCUUCUCAAGGACAGACCGGUUGCUGAGACAUAAACGAAUGUGUCAGGGCUGCCCAGGCAAAGAAUCUGACUCACAGCUUCUGCUUUAGGAGUAGGCUGGGAAAGAGGAUUCAGCUGGAAAGUCAAGAGGAUUCUUUGUGGGUCAUUUUCUUCACUUAUUUUUCAUACUGUGUUUGCCUGCUGAGACUGUUGUUGUGGAAGAAGCAGGUCUGAACAGGGCACAGACUUUCAGACAAAGUCUUGACACUGUAAAUACAUUGAAAACAAACAAGAGGUUGACUACCAGCCUGGAGACAUCCUUUGCAGUUGUGAAUAUACUUUGGGUGUGCUUAAAAAAAACAUUUAUCACCAUUUGCCUCAGGAAUGGCUUUGAGAAGAACAAUUGGACCUCCUACAAGUCCUGUGAGUGAUAUUGAUGCUCUUGAUUGACCAGAUAUCUGCCAUCGUGCCCGUACAUUGUGCUCACAAAAAUGAAAAGAAUCACACACCAAACUGUUUUGAAGGGCUGAAGCCUGAGAACAAUGGAUAUAAAAUAAGGUCAGCAACAGAUUUUUGAAUCCAGGACUCACAGGAGUGUCUCAUUUGAGUUUUGCCAUAACAUAUACAGAAGUUUCUGCCCUCCUCCUGCAAUAUCUGGGCCUGUAAUUCUUUUUAUGGCCUUCAAGUUUUAAGAAACAAAGCUGGAGCAGAUGGCAUAUGCUCUUGAGUACUGCAGAAGUCCACUUUUCAGAUGUUAUUAUGGGAAAAAUCCAAGAAGAAAUGCUAAAUGGGAUCCAGCUGGCUGGAGGUACACAUCUGGUUAUUUCCAGUGAGAGAAGAAACUUUAGACCAUUGAUAGGAAGCUUGGUUCCUGUCCUCCUCCGCUUCUCUGUAAAGAUCCAUGCAUUCAGGCUCCACCCCAUCGAAUGUCAGUUUAGUGCAGAAUUCACAACAUCAUCAGAAUAUCCCUCAGCCCCAUAAAUAUAUCAGCCAACUGAAAUCCAGAAUUACAAGUUUCAAAGAAGUAUUCCUCUAGAGCGAGGAAUGAUAAUGCUGAGGUGCAAUUCUUUUCCUCCAGAACUAACUGCUGGCUAGGGCUGGACUACACAUCCUCUUAUCCAUGUUAACUAAGGUUCGUCCAGCCAUGUUCUUCACUCCAUUAAAUCAGUUUUUGUUGCUUUUGGCCAAACAGAAGUCCUACCUCUUUCCUAGGAAAGACAUCGUUUGUGAGAAGCCGAUGUCUCAAGAUGCUCUUGACUGCUGGUGGAAGUGAAAGCUGAUUUGGACUGAUUUAAUACUUACAUUUCUGGCCAGUGCAGUUGUACCUUAGAACAAUCUUAGUGUUCUAUCAGUUCUGCCAUUGAAACAUCUUAUGAACGGACACUUCAGUUUGAGAUAACUUCUCUGUCAUUUUUGCUGUAAAACAGUUUGCCCUCUCUUUCUCUUCUGUCUUUGGAACUGGCUUCUCUUUGGCCUCCGUUGGGUCCCAAUUUCCUCCCAUCUGUCAAUGCAAGGGUUUGGGUUUGGGACUUGGAUCAACAGAGGAUUGGUGUUCCCCAAUAUUUGUUGCUGAAAGUGCGAUUGCUGCUGAAGGAUUCCAUUUUCACCUUUGCUACUGAAAAGGUUUGUAAAUAGAGAAGCAGGACAUUAAAGAUCAAGGAGGUUUCUUCCAAAGGUACAGUCAUGCAAGAGAAUCAAGUGUGCUAGCAAUAGGUGCUAUGCUUUAGGUUAAGCUAAAAAACUGCACUUCUAAAAUUGGAGAGAACGUUCUUUUGGUUGUAUCCUUUGUACUUUUCCAAACUGCUGUUUCCCAGGGAAUUUUCUUUAGUGGACUCCCUUAUCCUCACAUAGUCAAGCAAAAUUUUAGUCGGAAGGCCAUAUGGGAUAAACUUCUUUUUAAAAAAUGCACAUUUCUAUUUAUUAUGGUUAAUCUGCUGUUACAUGAGUUUCCUGGUGCUUUCCCAUCCACCUAGCUUCAUCGACUUGCUCAGGUACUCCCGUAUUAUUUACGUAGGUCUCAGAAUUUGCGUAAUAUUAAAUCUCUGGUAGGAAAAAUAAUCAGUUAGUGUCAUAGAGAGAACAAUAAGGAAUAAAGAAAGUGCUCCUGUCACCAUUUGUGUGCCUAUAGAGUAACCCAUGCGUUUAAUCCAUCCUGCUGCAAAGUCUGCUAUAUCUUAAAGCUAAGGUAUGCUAAUGUUUAAGCCUUAAUGGCUACUUUCUCGUACUAUGUUUUAAAACAGACAUGGAUGAUAAUUUGUAUUGAAAGAGGCCCUGUUCUUUUACUCUCUCUCACACACAUUUUAUUAACAGAUGAAAAGUGUGGGGGCCUUUUUAGCUGAAGUUAGUAAUGCCAUCUCUUGCCCAGUAAUGCCUGAUGGCUCAGGAUAAUCCUUGAGAAUUUCAAUAGGAACAGAAACUGUUAUACCAAGUGGCCACUCUUUUUAAAAGAAAGCAAACAGACCAAAAACUCGUGCAAUCAUAUAGCUUUCUUCCACGUUUCUGUGGGCUGCUUACUCCAAAAGAAAAAAAAGAAUUAUAAUAUGUAUUUGAAACUAUAGGGAGUAGGAAGGAUGUAUAGAGGGAAUCUGUUUUGUGCCACAUGUGCAAACUUGAGGGAAAUCUUCAUGUAAGAAAAUAUUUCUAUCAAACAAUGAGGCAUUGUUAUCAGUUUCUGGGUAGCCAUCUCACCCUCAUUGCUAGUACUAGAGGCAUAACAUUACAAAACAUAUUCUCUUUUGCUAGUUAAUUCCCAGCUAACAGGCUGUUCAGAUCUCCUAAGUAAAAUGUCCCAUGCUGCCAGAUCCAUUUUGUGCCAUUGAGAGUAUUUGUGUUAUCUGGCUUAGCUUUUACUAACAGAGUAAACUCUGUACCACAGAGUUGAUGGCAUUUGAAGACUUCCUGCAAGGAAGUUGGUUGUAGAAAAAUGACAUGCCAACAUUGUGGUGUGGAAUGAGGAGUGUUUGGCCUGCUGUUAACAUUUGACCAGUGUAGUCAUUUGAUAGCCUUCAGUCUGAUUUUUCACUGAACACACUAGCAAAGGAAAACAGAUUUUGUUUAUGGUGAUAAAUGGUAGAAUGUUAGCAUUACUCUGUAAACAGUGUUUCCUAGGUGAAGUAGGUCUAACCUCAGACAAUGACUUGUGCCUCAUCUUUUUUCUGUUGAGGUUUUUCUCAGAAAGGAGUGGGUACUGGGUAGUAGAGAAAAAUGUGGCUGGCUGUGUGGGGAGAAAGUGGCUUCCUGUGUUUCCAUUGCAGCAAUCUUUUUUUAUCAGUUGCCAUUCAGCCACCUUUGAUUUUACCUUCCACUGCAAGUUAUCAUGCCUGCCUGUUUGAGCUGUGAUUCAGCUUUUCUCUGAAAGAAUUGUUUUCAAGGCAGGACUGCUUCACCCUGUAAAUAUAUCCCAUGUUCGUCAAGUAAAGAUGAGCACUAAGGAAAAGUUGCAGAGCUUUCAGGAAAACGAUGCUUUGAGAAAGAACUUGAAAAUGGAUCCUAUUUGUAUGCUUAAGGGAUUUCAGGCCAUAGUUUCCAGUAGUUACUCCAGAGUGGAGUAAAUACGUAGAACAACAUGGCAAAACCUCCCUCUCCCCUUUCAGGUUGUACUAUUGAAAAAAAUGCUCUGCAUACAGAAAACUGACAUGUCAAAAAAUCGUGUAGAGAUUAAUGUCUCCAGUAUGCUAGUAUUCUGUGAGUAAGAAAUUUUGUUUCAUUCACAUGUACCUCACAACCUCUGAGGAUGCCUGCUAUAGAUGUGGGCGAAACGUCAGGAGAGAAUGCUUCUGGAACAUGGGCAUACAGCCCAGAAAACACACAACAACCCUGUGAUUCCAGCCAUGAAAGCCUUUGACAUUACGUGUGACUUUCUCUACUCAGUCUCUGGCUGAAAUGGAAUUGUGAAUGAAGCAGUUAAUUUUUAAAUAAUACGUACACCCUGAAUCUGUUGUGAGGCCUAAGUAAAGUACAGCAAUUUGAUCAGUGGAAUUUUCUUAUUUAAUCAAUCUACUUUGUUUAGACUGUCCAACAGAAUGCUAACCCGUUCAUCUUGUUCUUCAAAGUCGUCAUUAAGUGACAAGACUCCAUCACGUGAGUUGAUUGCAGCUCUAAGAAAGAGAUGCUUUGCUUGGAAAUGGUUGACAGAGAAAUAGGUGUCUUCAUAAAAAGCUCCUCUAAGCCAUGGAAGUGAAAUUGAUAAGGAACAAAGUCAAAAUUUACAGAAUUUCACUAUCUUUUCACUGGAUGAGGCCAAAGAACCACAGUUGUUUCAAAAUGAAUCUUGUUUACUCAGAUCAUGGCAUGAAGAAGACAUGAUAUCAAGAAAGCUGUAUCAUGAAAUUUGAGAAAACUGAUACAGUAGAGUCCCACUUAUCCCACAUAAAGGGGCCGGCAGAACAUUGGAUAAGCGAAAAUGUUGGAUAAUGAGGGAUUAAGGAAAAGCCUAUUAAACAUCAAGUUACGUUAUGAUUUUACAAAUUCAGCACCAAAACAUUAUGUUUUACCACAAAUCAACAGAAAAAGCAAUUCAGUACAUAAUGUUAUGUAGUAAUUAUUGUAUUUAUGAAUUUAGCACCGAAACAGUGCAAUGUAUUGAAAACAUUGACUACAAAAACAUUGACUACUAAAAGGCAGACUGUGUUGGAUAAUAGAGAAGGUUGGCUAAGCGAGAGGCUACUGUAUUAGGAAGUCACAAUUUAAACCAGGAAUUACUCUUGUUUUUAAAUGUUCUUGAAUGUGCUGGUACAAUUUAACGGUCAUAUGGAUGUGAUUUUUGCCAAUGAUUCAAUUUUCGAGCAAAUAGCUUGAAAAUUGGGUUCUACAUAAGCAAUGGCAUUGGUUCCUCUGACUUGUACACACAAUCACAUACGUAGGCCUUGCAUUUGCUAAUGCAUUACUCUCCUAUCUUGGUUGUUGAGUAAAAAGUAGGUGGUUUCCGAGCAUGUGCCAUGUUGUAGUUAAAGUAUCACUUACAGCCUUUCUCCUGGUCAAGGUGUUCUUUGUAAUGAAUGAUCAGCAAUGUUCAUUUGUGGGUUUUUAGGAGCAAGCUGUAUUUGUUCCUUCCCUCAAUCCUUCAUGGAAUUUGAGGGCCACCAGCUAUCUGUCAGCCAGAAUGGCUUGGGUAAUGUUGAAACUUCUGCUCUUUUUGAUGGCAUGAGUAGGAGAUUCAUGUGUCAGCUGUACCGUAUUAAUUCUCCAUGUGUGUGACAGGCUGCUUUAAGCUGCUUCCUAAUGGCUGGAGAUAAUACUGGCUUUGAUUCAGAUGUUUAGUUGAGGUGAGAGAAUUGAGAAGAUCCUUUUUGUGCAGUUAGCACUGGCUUUCAUAGACUCCUUGCAUUUAUGGGACAAUUCUAGCACUUACAGUUGAACAGAGAGUCUUUAUCAAUUUCCCUAUUUUCCUUUAGUAUUAAAGUCAAAUAGCUUUUUUCUCCUAAUGAAAUGUUUCUCCUCCCCACUCUUCUCAUUAAUUCACAUAUUUUGUUAUGGAGGAGGGAAUUGGGUUAGGGUUGUGUUACCCAAGUGCAGGAUCACUUUUAAACUGUAGUUUUUAUAAGAUGUUAUAAAACAUGUAUCUUUUUACCA